AUGCGUGAAGUUUGCAAGUCAGAUUUGAAGAUAUCAAGAACGGCUGCCGAUCAGUGUUCGUGCUGCAACUGUGCGAAACGUUGGCAGCUUGCUAUUCUGGCUAAUUUCGGGUUUUUGAUUGUUUUUGGUAUACGAUGUAACUUUGGGGCGGCAAAAAAUUAUAUGGCUCGCGACUACACAGACCCGUGGGGGAAAUAUCACAGACGUGAAUUUAAUUGGACAUUAACAGAACUGGGUGUUAUGGAAAGUUCAUUUUUCUAUGGCUAUUUGUUGACACAAGUACCGGCUGGCUUCUUGGCUGCUAAAUUUGCCCCUAAUAAAUUAUUCGGUCUUGCCAUAGGUUUAGCAUCAUUCUUCAACAUUUUGCUUCCCUUUGCAUUCCGUACGAACAGCGACACUUUCAUUGCAACAAUUCAAAUACUACAAGGACUUGUACAAGGCGUGUCAUACCCUGCGAUGCAUGGCGUGUGGCGUUAUUGGGCUCCUCCAUUGGAACGAUCCAAAUUGGCAACAACCGCAUUUACAGGUUCCUAUGCUGGAGCAGUAAUCGGUUUACCGGUUUCCGCUUGGCUUGUCAGUUACAUACAUUGGUCUGCGCCAUUUUAUGUAUACGGUCUUGCUGGCGUGAUAUGGGCAGUAUUUUGGUUUGCACUAACAUUUGAAAGUCCAACGUUUCAUCCAUCGAUCUCGACGGAAGAAAAGAAAUAUAUCCUGGAAACAAUUGGACCAGUGUCCACAAGUCAUCCAACCGUAGGCCUUCAUAGCGGUUUGAUAGCCGCUUUACCCCAUGCAGUGAUGGGUUUGGCAGUACUUGGUGGUGGUCAAUUAGCUGAUUAUUUGCGUUCUCGUCAAAUUCUCAGUACAACAGCAGUGCGGAAACUUUUCAACUGUGGCGGCUUUGGUGGCGAGGCAAUAUUCAUGCUCGUUGUUGCGUAUACUAAAAGUGACACAACUGCGGUUUUUGCCCUAAUACUUGCGGUUGGCAGUAGCGGUUUUGCAAUCUCAGGUUUCAAUGUGAAUCACUUGGACAUAGCGCCACGUUAUGCAGCAAUAUUGAUGGGCUUCUCGAAUGGUAUCGGUACCCUGGCUGGUCUUACAUGCCCCUUUGUGACGGAAAAGUUGAUCUCACGUGGACCACGAGGAUGGGAAAAGGUGUUUCUGCUCGCAAGCCUUAUACACUUCACCGGUGUCACCUUCUAUGCCAUUUAUGCAUCCGGUGAAUUGCAAGACUGGGCUGAACCAAAAGAUGAGGAGGAACCUUGGUUCAGGAAUAAUGUCUUUAAAAGCAGUAUGGUUGCUGGUGGUGACUAUGGUGCAGUGAACUCAGAGAGUAAUCCAGUCCCGGACUUUGAUAAAAUCUGGAAUGAUUCAGCUUCGACAAAUCCAAAGCCGAGUGAAAUGAGAAGCAGAUACGAAGCAACAACAGGUGAUUUAAGUUACAGUGAUUCGGAACGACACAGUGUGAGGAACAACUAUGAAGUAUGGUGA